AUGACUUUGUUGAACUUCCAAAAGUUCAAAAACAGCGAUCUUGAAGUCCAGUCCCAGACUUUAGAGACGCUUUUCGAGCGUAGCAAGUCGCUUGAGAAGCUCACGAUUGCGAAUCCGUCGUUUGCUCAAAAUUUGGGCUCCAACUAUGUAGAACUGGUCGAGAAAAUAAGGGCCAGUCUAUUAGACCUAUGCAAACAGACAGGAUCUUCAAGCGGGGCAAAGGCCGAUGUUAGUGACGUUAUAGCAGCUCAUCCGAGAUUGGGACAACCGAACAAAGUCUUGUCAACGCAUUCUGCAAUUGAGCAGCGCAACUUGGGCAACUCAGACUCUCAGGAAACGCUGGAGACUCUACAACGACUCAACGACCAAUACGAAGCCAAAUACCCAGGACUGCGAUUUGUGGUUUUUGUAAAUGGCCGCACACGACCGCAAAUCAUUCAAGCCAUGCAAAGCAGGAUACUCUCAGGUCACUCGUGGCUACAGGAAGCGCAGCUCGCAUGCAACGAAAUGUGCGAUAUUGCCCUGGACAGAAUCAAAAAGAACGUUGCACCGUCAACGCUGCAAAAUAAACUGUAA